AAUUUCUCUUAAAAAAAGACAUUUACACUAGUACAUGCCUCUAGACGUUUACCAUACUCCAAGCCUUGAAGUAUAUAUUUGUCUUCAUCCAGUUCCAAUCCAACAGCAUACUGCACUACCCACAAACAGUAUGACCUCGGCAAAGUCCAAAGCCAGUGAAAGCGGCACAUCAAAGAACGACACGGCAGAUACACCCCCGGCCUACGAUGGCUCCUCCACCUCCGAUCCACCACCAACCUACGAAACAGUCGGACACGCCCUAACAGCCCUCUCCCAAGGCGACCCAGACGAGUACAUCACAGUACCAUUUGUAACCCGAACCGUGGGCUUCAGCAUUCACAACUUCAACCCCUUUUCGCACAAGCAAGGCGAGGUCCGCCAGUCGAUUGUGACGCGCCGGAUGAAGCGCUCGCAGUACCUCGCCCACUACGUCAAGGACACGAACGGCAACUUUGUCGGCACCGGUCGUCCGGCGGUAGAUGCGGCGCUCGUAUUUGUGCCGGGCAAGAGUAGCCCCGAGGACUUGCUGCGCCAAUUUAAUGAGGUGGCGCUCAAGGUGCAGAGGGUUAGGGGCGACGGUAUUGGUGAAUGGGGAAAGCCGUUGCAGGAUAAUCAUACAGGACAUGGCGGGGGCGGAAUGGCUAUGUAGGGUUUGUAGUGUGGAACGUGUGCGGGUCUUUGUUCUGUUUUUCGAUUCGAAGGGAGUUGUUUGUGCGUUGGCAGAAUUGAGCGGUUUGUUGUAGUUAUUGUAAGGUGGUGAAUAAGAUUCUCAAUGUGAAUAUGUAAAGAGUUCUGAAAGUCAUUUAGCUUGUAACAAUUCUCAGAAGUAUUCUACAGUGA